AUGCCGAUUCGGCCUACCAAACGCCAUCGUAACGGACAACGGCAAGCAAUUCGACUGCUCACGGUUUCGGCAUCUCUGUUCCCGAUUCAACAUCAGCAUCUUCUUUGUGUCUCCGGCACAUCCGCAAUCCAAUGGGCAGGUAGAAGCCAUCAACAAGAUCAUCAAGAAAACAUUGAAGAAGCUGGGAGCCGCCAAGGGCAAUUGGCCUACCAUACUACCAGAAGCACUAUGAGCCAUCAAUACCUCCUAUUGAAGGUCAACUGGUGA